AUGGCACUCUCCGAUGGUAUCUGCGGGAUGUUUAACAUUGGUAAUGACAAUUACCCCCUUGCCUUUUGUGGCUCUGAUACCGUCAAGCUAAACAACUCUAGCACCGUGAGUACAAUUUUACUGUGCAUGGCCAAUCCGAGCACCAGCGAUUGGUUCGGGUACGGCACCAAUCUUAAGUCCGACAACCGCGUUAUUCAGAGAGCCGGAGACCAAGGCCUGGCCGAUGAUAACCUGUUGAGAGCCAUCACUUCUCCGGUAUCCGAUCAAUACUCGUACGGAAAACCUGACAAGUUCAACACCACGAGCGGCCCCGACAACACGAUGGGACCCUUUUACAGACUUUUUGUUCUUGCUCUUACUGCGGGUGCCUUCGCCCAGUCCUCGUUGCGCAUCCAAGUGACAAACACUCAAACUCAUGCCAUUCCUUCUACUAUGUAUGGUUGGAUGUGGGAGGACAUCAAUCAUAGCGGAGACGGCGGGCUAUAUGCCGAACUCCUACAAAACCGUGCCUUUCAGGCCGUGACCGCUAAUACACCCCAAGCACUAAAUGCAUGGAGUGCUUACAGAGGGACCAGCCUCAGCGUAAUCAAUAGCAUUCCUGGGGUUUCCAAUGCUCUUCGCAAUUCCUUACAAGCUAAGAUUCCAGCGGGCGCGAGCGGUCAAGUUGGAUUUGAUAACUCGGGGUACUGGGGAAUCAAGGUCCAAUCGGGAUGGAAGUACACAGGCUCUUUCUACGCAAGGUCUGAUAGCUAUACCGGUUCCGUCACCGUCUCCUUGGCUUCUUCAUCAGGGACUACCUAUGCAACCGCAACGGUUUCAGGAGUGACAAACUCCUGGAAAAAGUUCACCUUUGAUUUCACUCCAUCCCAGUCCGCCCCGGAUGUGAAGAACGUCUUUCGCGUGACUGUGGACGGUGCGAGCGCCUCAGGGAAAUCAGUUUAUUUUGGAAUGUUCUCACUUUUCCCUCCCACGUACAAGGGUCGUCAGAACGGUAUGCGUAUCGAUCUUGCAGAAGCCCUGGCCGCAUCGAAGCCUCGAGUAUGGCGAUUCCCCGGCGGAAAUAACUUGGAAGGGCAAACUGUCGCUAAACGCUGGAAAUGGAACGAAACUAUUGGGCCGAUCGAGAAUCGUCCAGGACGUCAAGGAGACUGGGGAUAUGCCAAUACGGAUGGACUAGGCUUGAUCGAAUAUUUGAAUUGGGCUGAGGACAUUGGUGCCGAGCCCAUUCUUGCUCAUCAAUUGUACUACACACCAGCUGGCUAUUCACUGGGCGGCGAAACUGUUCCAGAAUCCCAGUUGCAACCUUACGUUCAAGAUGCCAUAAACGAAAUUCAAUUUAUCACCGGAGAUGCGAAUACAAACCAAUGGGCUAAACUUCGUGCACAGUACGGCCGUACAGCCCCAUACAAGCUCAGGUAUAUCGAGAUUGGAAACGAGGAUUUCGCGGCGUCUGCAUCCUAUGCUCAGUACCGUUGGAGGGUGUUCGUCAAUGGCCUCAAAGCUGCUUUCCCCAACAGUGGCUUCCAAUACAUUGCAACAACUUACCCUAGCACUACCCUGAGCCCCGCAUAUACCCACAUCGAUUGGCACCAAUACAAUGUACCAAAGUGGUUUAUUGAUCAUGCAUUGGAGUACGAUACGUACCCUCGCAACGGAGCACAAGUUUUCGUCGGAGAGUAUGCCGUUACUUCGACAAAUCCAUCUUGUAUCUUUGGACCUCCUUCGUGCGGUCGAUUGGAGUACCCAACUCUUCAGGGUGCGGUCGCAGAAGCUGCGUAUAUGACGGGUUUGGAGCGAAACUCGGAUGUUGUCUUUGCUUCGACAUAUGCUCCUACUCUACAAAAUAUCAACGGUCAUCAAUGGACUCCUGAUGUCAUCACCUUCGACGCUGGGUCAAUGGUGAAAUCUGCGUCGUACUACGCCCAACAGAUGUUUGGCAGCAAUAUGGGCACACAUGUUCUCAAAACCUCGCCUGCGCCAAGCGCCAGCGUUCCAUUGCACUGGGUUGCGAGCCACGACGCAGCUAACAAGAUAGUGUACCUGAAGGCUUCUAAUACUGGUACAAGCUCGUUCACAGGAACCUUCGCCCUUGAUUUCCCGAUCACUGGUCAAUCAACUACCACCUUACUCACUGCCGGAGCCCCUGGUACAUUCAAUACUCUGAGCAAUCCCAAUGCUGUAGUCCCUCAAACCUCUAACCUCAAUGUGGGAUCCGGUGCAACUUCGUUUACCUAUAACUUCCCUCCUCAAAGUGUUGCCGUAUUCAAACUCCCAGUAGGAUGGUGA